GUGGAUUUGGGAUGGACCCCCAGGGGAUGGGAUAGUGGCUUGAUAUACUGUUACUGCUGGAGCACUGGUUGGAGACACGGGGCCGGAUAUAUCGGCGUUUACGGAUUUGAUGCCGUCAUGGGACCCCGUAAAGAUAGUGAGAUUGAAGUUGCUGAUUGGUGGAUGGAUGGGUUUGAUGUCUGCUGCAAAAGGCGUAAUCUUCGGUCUUCGGCCCGCUUGUCAUCGCGUUUAUGUCCGCUAUGUGCGAGAGUGCAUUGAUGUCUUGUAGAAACAUGCCUUUUGGUGUCUAGAAUGUGCUGACCCUAGCCAUACAGGUGCUACUUAUGGAUAAGCAGGAGGAUAAUAGUGUCAGGUAUAGUCUGGACCAUCCAACAAAGCGCCCGACAUAUUUUCUCUCUGGAGAUAGAACGCUGGUGAUGAUUCGCCCACACGGGAAUUUUUGACGUGGCCUUGCGCUUAGACUUCAUAAUACCUCAUAAAAGUCCAGAGACCUAGCCAGCAUCGGUACACUUCCAAGAACAUGAGAACAUGACCAAAUCAUAGACCCAUGCAUGUGCUCAAGGCUACCAGUAGCAAAUCGUCACCUCA